AUGGACGCGUCCCUGGAGACAGACCCUACAUUAGCUGAGAUGGGAAAAAACUUGAAAGAGGCCAUGAAGAUGCUAGAGGACAGUCAGAGAAGAACAGAGGAAGAAAAUGGAAAGAAAUCAUCAGGAGAUAUUCCGGGGCCACUCCAAGGCAGUGGACAAGACAUGGUGAGCCUCCUCCAGUUAGUUCAGAACCUGAUGCACGGAGAUGAAGACGAGGAGCCCCAGAGUGCCCGAAUCCAGAAUAUUGGAGAACAAGGUCAUAUAGCUUUGCUGGGGCAUAGUCUGGGAGCUUAUAUUUCAACCCUGGACAAAGAGAAGCUUAGAAAACUUAUGACCAGGAUACUUUCAGACACUACAUUAUGGCUAUGCAGAAUUUUCAGGUAUGAAAAUGGCUGCGCCUAUUUCCACGAAGAAGAAAGAGAAGGACUUGCAAAGAUCUGCAGGCUUGCUAUUCAUUCUCGUUAUGAAGACUUCGUAGUGGAUGGUUUCAAUGUGUUAUAUAAUAAAAAACCUGUCAUAUAUCUUAGCGCUGCUGCUAGGCCUGGCCUGGGCCAGUACCUUUGUAAUCAGCUCCGGUUGCCCUUCCCCUGCUUGUGUCGUGUGCCAUGUAACACCAUGUUUGGAUCCCAGCAUCAGAUGGAUGUUGCCUUCCUGGAGAAACUGAUUAAAGAUGAUAUAGAACGAGGAAAACUGCCCCUGUUGCUUGUAGCAAAUGCUGGAACCGCGGCAAUAGGGCACACGGACAAGAUCGGACGUUUAAAAGAACUCUGUGAGCAGUAUGGCAUGUGGCUUCACGUGGAGGGUGUGAAUCUGGCAACCUUGGCUCUAGGUUAUGUCUCCUCAUCAGUGCUGGCUGCGACCAAAUGUGACAGCAUGACAUUGACUCCAGGUCCAUGGCUGGGCUUGCCGGCUGUCCCUGCGGUCACCCUUUAUAAACACGACGACCCAGCCUUGACUUUAGUUGCCGGUCUUACAUCAAACAAGCCAGCGGACAAACUCCGUGCCCUGCCGCUGUGGUUGUCUUUACAGUACUUGGGGCUUGAUGGGAUUGUGGAGAGGAUUAAGCACGCCUGCCAACUGAGUCAGCGGUUACAAGAAAGUUUGAAGAAAGUGAACCACAUCAAAAUCCUGGUGGAAGAUGAGCUCAGUUCUCCAGUUGUGGUGUUCAGGUUUUUCCAGGAAUUACCAGGCUCAGAUCCAGUGCCCAGAACCGUCUCCGUGCCCAGCGCGGCACCUUCAGCAGUCGGCUGGGAAAGACACUGCUGUGACGCCCUGAAUCGCUGGCUGGGAGAGCAGCUCAAACAGCUGGUGCCCACGAGCGGCCUCACGGUCAUGGACCUGGAAGUGGAGGGCGUGUGCAUCCGGUUCAGCCCUUUGAUGACCGCGGCAGUUUUAGGCACGCGGGGGGAGGAUGUGGAUCAGCUCGCGGCCUGCGUGCAGAGCAAGCUGCCGGUCCUGACCUGCACCCUGUAGCUGCGGGAGGAGUUCAAGCAGGAGGUGACAGCCACGGCAGGUCUCCUGCACGUUGAUGACCCGAACUGGCAUGGAAUAGGAGUUGUCAGGUACGAACAUGCUAACGAUGACAAGAGCAGUUUGAAAUUAGAUCCAGAAGGGGAAAAAAUCCAUGCUGCGCUCCUGAAAAAGUUAAAUGAACUGGAAUCCGACCUUACGUUUAAAAUGGGCCCUGAGUACAAAAGCAUGAAGAGCUGCAUCUACAUUGGCAUGGCGAGUGACGAUGUGGAUAUUUCAGAACUGGUAGAGACCAUUGCGGUCACAGCCCGAGAAAUUGAGGAGAACUCACGGCUUCUAGAAAACAUGACAGAGGUGGUUCGAAAAGGGAUCCAGGAAGCCCAGGUUCAGCUGCAGAAGGCAAACGAGGAGCGGCUUCUGGAAGAGGGGGUGCUGCGACAGAUCCCCGUCGUGGGGUCCGUGCUCAACUGGUUUUCUCCGGUACAAGCUUCACAGAAGGGAAGAACCUUUAACUUAACAGCAGGCUCCCUGGAGUCCACGGAACACACCUAUGUCUACAAGGUACAAGGCACAGGCGUCACACCCCCGCAGACCCCCUCGGGCACGCGCACGAAGCAGAGACUUCCAGGCCAGAAGCCUUUCAGGAGGUCCCUGAGAGGUUCCGACGCUCUGAGCGAGACCAGCUCGGUCAGCCACAGUGAACACCUGGAGAAGGCGGAGCAGCUGAGCGGCGCGCCCGAGCCCAACACCCCGGAGCCCGGCAGCCCCGAGCCCCCUCCCGGCCUCGCGCCCCCGCAGGACGCCGAGCAGACGGGUGCCCUCCGGAGCGGGGCCCAGCGCCCGGAAGACGACUGUCCGCAGGUAGAAGAACCGGAGAGCUUAAGAUAAAAGUCAGUGUUGGGCUUGGAGACUGUAGUAUCGUUUCAGGGAAGAAGUUCUACUGACAAUGUGAACCGUGCCACGUGCUAAUGCGCGAGAAAGGACUGUUGUUUGUGCGGAGCUGGCGUUCUUGCACACAUCUGUGCCUGAAAGCCAGACUUCUUAGAAGGGCAGUUGAUUGUCUCAUUCCAUGGGUCUGUGGAGCAACUCCUGUCGUUUCUGUCUGCCCAGCUGUAGUUCGCACCGGUUUCCCCCGUUACGUAAACACUUUGAUUCACAACACUUA